CACCAGAAAUUGUAGGAGAAGAAAAAGGCACAGUUGUCUAUCAGUUAGAUUCAGAUGUUGGAUCUUUGGGGAAUUUGCUCUUCUUUUCUCCACCUCCUGAACCAUAUGCCCACCGAAGAUUCCUAUUUCACCAGUUCCAGAGUGGGAGGCAAACCAGGGAUUAUCAAGGAACUGGCAGUCACGUUGCAAGGACCAGAAGAUGAUACUCUACUGUUUGAAUCAAGGUUUGAGAGUGGGAACCUGCAGAAAGCUACUAGAGUAAACACCUAUGAGUAUGAACUCACCUUGCGAACUGACCUCUACACAAAUAAGCACACUCAGUGGUUUUAUUUUCGAAUUCAGAACACCAGAAAAGAUGUCACCUAUCGCUUCACCAUCGUCAACCUCCUGAAACCCAAGAGCCUUUAUACUAUAGGGAUGAAGCCACUCAUGUAUUCCCAAUUGGAUGCCAGCACCCACAGCAUUGGCUGGAGGAGAGAAGGAAAUGAAAUCAGGUACUAUAGGAGCAACACGGAUGAUGGGCAGCAGCCCUUUUACUGUCUCACAUGGACCAUUCAGUUUCCACAUGACCAGGACACUUGCUUCUUUGCACACUUCUACCCAUAUACGUACACUGACUUGCAGUGCUUCCUCCUGUCAGUGGCAAACAGCCCCGUCCAAUCUCAGUUCUGCAAACUCCGAACUUUAUGCAGGAGCCUUGCAGGAAACAUCGUCUACCUGCUCACCAUCACCAACCCAGCCCGGACACCUCAAGAGGCAGCUGCAAAGAAAGCUGUGGUCUUGACUGCCAGAGUGCACCCUGGGGAAAGUAAUGGCUCUUGGAUUAUGAAAGGCUUUUUGGACUUCAUCCUUAGCAACUCCCCAGAUGCCCAGCUCCUCAGAGAUAUCUUUAUCUUCAAAGUGGUUCCCAUGUUAAAUCCAGACGGAGUGAUCGUGGGGAAUUAUCGUUGUUCAUUGGCUGGAAGGGACUUGAACAGGCAUUAUAAAACUAUUCUGAAGGAGUCUUUUCCUUGUAUCUGGCACACCAGGAACAUGAUCAAGAGACUUCUUGAAGAAAGGGAGGUUCUCUUGUAUUGUGAUUUCCACGGCCACAGCCGUAAGAGUAAUAUCUUCCUGUACGGCUGUAAUAACAAUGAUCACAAGUUCUGGCUUCACGAGCGAGUCUUUCCUUUAAUGUUAAGCAAAAAUGCACCAGAUAAGUUCUCUUUCCAUAGUUGUAAUUUUAAAGUCCAAAAGUGCAAAGAAGGAACAGGACGAGUCGUGAUGUGGCGGAUGGGAAUCCUAAACAGCUAUACCAUGGAGUCUACCUUUGGUGGGUCCACACUGGGCAAUAAGAGAGACACUCACUUUACCCCUGAGGAUCUAAAAUCCCUGGGUUAUCAUGUCUGUGACACCCUUCUGGAUUUCUGUGACCCUGACAGAACCAAGUUCAUGCAGUGUCUAGCAGAGCUUAAAGAGCUCUUACAACAGGAGAUCCAUAAGAAAUUCAAAGAACUUGGACAAGAUAUGGAUUUAGAAGGAAGCUGGAGUGACAUCUCUUUGACUGACAUUGAAUCCAGCACCAGUGGUUCUGACAGCUCCUUCUCAGAUGGUCUUCCUGUUCACCUACUGAACACAGCAGAUGAGUUGAAUCAGAAGAAGAAGAUGUAUAAGAAGAAAAAAAGGAAGCCACUUCAGUCUAGGAAACAGCGAAAUAAACAGUAUCAGAAAAGUAAUUUGAUGCAGGAGUCAAAGUUAACAGAAGAUGCCCCAGAAGGGGCAGGGUUUGCUUCUACUCUGCAAAAGCAGCCUGCUUUUUUCAAAAAUUCAGAGAAUACCAGUUCUUCAAUGAUGAAAAAUGAAAAACCAAGGUUGAAUGAGGUAUUAAAUGGAAGAGACAAAGGCACCUCCCUGGGCCCAUCAAAAAUGACCACCUUGAUUUUGACUAAGAAUAAAGAGAGAAUGCAGAGAGAGAAGCCAGGAUUUACAGGAUCAUGCUCUCCAAAGAGAAACACAAACCCCAGCCAAGAGCCAGCUCCAGAUACGAAGCCAAACUGGUCCAGGAACAGAUACCCUGCCACAAAGGGAGGCCGUACGACUGCGGUGGUAUACCCAUCCUUGCACAUAUACACCUACCCAUAGGGUGCCUGGGCCAUGCCACACAGGCGCUUCCUUGCUGUGUUUUGGGUUAGACACAUUUUGUAACGAAGGGAUUUGUAUGCUAGGGAAUUACGUUCAUUUGUGGUAUUCUGUGUUGUGUGUUCAUCAUGCACUGUCCUCACCCCAGGUGCUUACACUGUGUUCAUGCUCUCAAGAUGCAUACCUCACUAACGAAAUUAUUUUUUCAUAAAAUGAAAUUUUAUUGUGAUGUAUCCAAAAGCUUCCCUUAUCAGAAAUUGAAGUGUGUGCUCGUGAAACUACAACACAGAUAUACCUCAGUUUAACCAAUAGAUAUUCUCUCUAAAAUUAUGUGCAAAUCAAUUUUAAAAGUGCAAACUCUGUUUUAAACGUAUUCUGGGAGUUUACUAUGUUAAAAGUCUUGUGUCAGAGCUUUCUAGUGUUCAAUGAUUAGUCUGACUGGGGUAUAUCAGGUUUGCUCAGGGUGAGGUGUUCCCACAUAGAGACGACAACUCAUGUACUACCUGGAAGUCAGUGUUGCAUAUAUUAUGUUCAGCAUGGUUAUGUAAAUUUUUUAACCCACUGAUUAAAAUUCUUU